ACUCCCAAUAUUUUUUUUUCUGGCCGUAGCUGUGGCCCAAUGUGAAGUAGGAACUGGAGCCACGUGUUGCAAUGCUGUGGCUGUGUGGUGACAGGCAGCGUUUAUAAGGCGCCCCUGUCCCCUGCAGACCUUGGGACCAGAGCUUGGCUUCCUCCACAUCACAGAGCCAACCUCCAGCUGCAGCUCCAGCCAGAGGCUGCCCAGGAAACGAUGUCCCACCUCCUCUGUGCCUUCCUGUCCUUGUUUUCCUUUGCUGCCCUGCUGGAAAGUGCCCAGUGGAAACUGCAGGAAAAUGUGUUUGUUGUAGAGACCCAGUGGGACGCCGAGGCCCCGGCCAGCACCAUGGAGCUCACCUGUGACACCCCUGAGGAAGCAGUUUACUGGGAAAAGGACUCAGAAUGGAAGCAAGAAGGGAAGACUCUGACUGCUGCAGUGAAGGAGAUCCCAGACGCCGGCAACUACAGCUGCUGGAGCCAGGAGAGCAAAGAGCUGCUCAGCUCCAGCCUCCUCCUCCUCGCCAAAGUCAACUCCAGGGGGGAGAUGAAGAGGGAGAUCCUCAAACGCUUCAAAGAGCCCAAGGAUACAUUUUUGAAGUGUGAGGCAAAGAACUACUCUGGAAUUUUCACGUGUUCCUGGAUGACAGCAAAUAACAGCCCCAAUGUGAAGUUCACCAUCAGAAGCCUGAAGGGCCCCCAGGGGGAUGUGUCCUGCAGCAGCCCCGUGGCUCUGCCCAAGGGUCCCCUGACCUCCUACACAGCCCAGUGCCACAGGGAGAACUUCUGUCCCUUUGCUGAGGAGCACCAGCCCCUGGACAUCGUCCUGGAGGUCAUUGAUGAGGUGUUCUACGAGAACUACACCGCCAGCUUCUUCAUCAGGGACAUCAUAAAGCCUGACCCCCCCCAGUGCCAGUACGUGGCCGCCAAUGGAACAGUGACCUGGACAUACCCCAGGACCUGGAGCACCCCAAACUCCUACUUCCCUUUGACUUUCAAGGUCAAAGUUAAAGGGCCAAGGAGAUCCAAAGAGGAGUACAACACGGAGGCGCAGUCGGUGCAGCUGCCGGCGCCGGGGCCAGCCCAGGUGUGGGUGCAGGCCAGGGACUGCUGCUACCUCUCGUCCUGGAGCGAGUCCUCGCCCUGCAGGUACGGACCCACCGGGGCACCGGGGCUCCUGCUGCAGGAGAACCGAGGGAAUCCUGAUGGAAAAUUGCCAUGUAAAUGAAAUUUCUGAUGUUAUUUCACAGAUAACCAGUGAGGGAUCCAGGAGGGCGGCACAGAGCUCCUAGAGAAAGCAAAGAAUCAAUUAGCACAAGAACAGAAGCACAAUUAGAAGGAAAGUUUCCACUUGGGAUUCUUAAGAAGCCAUAACUUUUUUUUUUUUGGUACCAGUUGAAUGUGGUCCUGAUUUUGGCAGCUCCUAAACUCCCCAGAUUUGAGUUACACUUUUAGCAUCCAUCAUGUUACAUUAACAUGAUUUCGAGAGGUUGCUGGCAGCUAUUAUUGUAUGUCCUGCAUAUUAUUGUUAU